AUGUCGCAAGGUAAGAAGAAAUUCAGUCCCUCCGUGGGAAUGAUUAACAACUUUUUUUCGCGUCAAAUACAAAAGUUACAAUUACCUUCAUUUUCGUAUAAUAAUUCCAAUCAACAAUCAGACUAUCAAAGGCAAAAUCGAUUUGUUCCGCCACCAUUGAUCAAAGAACGUUCAUGGAGCAUGCUGGCAAAUGAAACUUUUGGAACGCCUUCUUUAUUAAACGAAAAAUCGUGGAGUGUGCUAUCAGUAAAUAACGAUUCGGAAGAGCGAAGAUUUCUCACCAACCACCCUUACAGCAACAACACAGAUAACUUGAGUCGUAACUACAGUAAUAAUGUUGGGUAUAAUAAUGCAACCUAUAAUCGUGAACAAAGUCUUCCCGCGCCAAUUACGCGAGAAACCACUGCAUUUCCAGAACCAGAGUUUGAGCCAUCGCUUGCAUCAUCGGCAAACCAGUUUCUAGAAGAGACGUUCAAAUUUGAGGGUAAAUUCCGCGAUGAUUCUGUCGGACGUCCUGAUGAUUUGUUGGUGGAUGGCAGAACCCUUAUCGCUUUCUACAACCAUGAGAAACAUGACAGCAUCAUUGACGAAGACGGAGAAUUAACACCGCGAUCAAGUAAGAUAUUAAAGGCGCAGCAGCAGCAGCAACAAUCACCACCUCUGCCGCAGCCAAUAUCACAACAAAUGUUAGUAGAACAGGAACAGGAGAACGUAGGAAUUGGAUGGUAUACAAGUGUCGCGGUCCCGGUGAUCGCAAUCGCUGUGGUGGGAUACUUUGUAUUUUUCAACUGUCAAUAA